CUGGUUGUCCAAAAAGAUGAAGAUAAGCUGGUCUGCUUACGAUACAUUUGAAGCUAAUUUCAAGCCUCUGAUAGUAGUUGAGCUUGCACAGAAUACCAAAGAUGAAACCAAAGAGUGGCUGAUUCAGAAGAUUGUAGGAAAGAAGAAGGAUGGAGGAGCCCAGCUUUUGGUUAAACCAUUGAUGGAGGAAGGAAAACAGAUAGAGGGAAGCAAGAACAUAUAUCUUGUUGGAGCAUCUCACUUAAGGCUGCUUCUAGGAGCUGAAACUGUAGGAUUGGUUAAAGAAUGUAAUGAUAAUACAAUGAAAGCCUUUACCUAUACGUCUAGAAAAAAUUUCAAAGAAUUUGCAGAGGACAAUCAUAAUUUCCUUACAAUGGCAGAAUGUCAAUACAUUAUCAAACAUGAACUUGAAAAUUUGAGAGCUAAAGAUGAAAAGAUGAUCCCUGGCUAUCCUCAGGCAAAGCUUUAUCCAGGAAAGUCCAUUAUGCGGAGGCUAACAACCAGUGGCAUUCUACUUCAGAUUUUCCCACUUCAUGACACAGACCAUUUAAAAAAACUUGGGCAUAUAUGGUAUGAACAACUGAGAAUUAGAUAUCAGCCUUUAGAUGAAAUUCGCUGUUAUUUUGGUGAAACACUUGCUUUCUAUUUUGCCUUUUUGGAAUAUAUCACAUUUGCUUUGAUUCCAAUGGCAAUCAUUGGGAUCCCUUAUUAUGUUUUUGAUUGGGAAGAUUAUGAUAAGUAUGUGCUGUUUGCAGCAUUCAAUCUGCUUUGGUCUACUGUAAUCCUUGAACUCUGGAAACGAUGUUGUGCUGUUAUGGCGUACAGAUGGGGAACACUGAUGAUGAAGCGACAGUUUGAGGAACCCAGACCAGGAUUUCAUGGGGUUUUAGGUAUCAAUCCUGUAACUGGCAGAGAAGAACCCAUAUACUCCAGUUUCAGAAGAAAGUUACGGAUUUAUUUUGUUUCCGUCCCAUUUGUGUGCCUUUGUCUCUACCUCUCACUUCACAUAAUGAUGAUUUAUUUUGACUUGGAAUUCCAAGCACGUUUAUAUUAUGAAGAGAGCCAAGAUGAAUUAGGCGGCUUGAUAUUGUACAUGCCCAGCAUAAUUUAUGCUGUUGUGAUUGAAAUUCUAAAUCGAAUUUAUAGAUAUGCUGCAGAGUUCUUGACCUCAUGGGAAAACCAUAGAUUGGAGUCUUCAUAUCAGAAUCACUUAAUUUUGAAAGUCUUGGUGUUCAAUUUCUUAAACUGCUUUGCCUCUUUAUUCUACAUCGCAUUUGUCUUAGUUGACAUGAAACUUUUGAGACAGAGCUUGGCAACUUUACUAAUAACUUCACAAGUCCUUAAUCAGUUUGUGGAAGCUGCACUGCCUUACUGGCUCCAAAAAAGUAGGAAUAAAAGGGUAAAGAAAAAGGUGAAAGCACUGGAAAUAGACACUGAUAUGUCUUUAUUUGAACAAGUUAAUCUGGAAAAAGGAAUGGAUACUUACUUGGGUACUUUUGAUGAUUAUUUGGAGUUGUUCUUACAGUUUGGUUAUGUGAGCCUUUUUUCAUGUGUCUACCCUUUGGCUGCUAUUUUUGCUGUGCUAAACAACAUCACUGAGAUGUACUCUGAUGCCUUAAAAAUGUGCAGUGUUUUUAAACGCCCAUUUUCAGAGCCUGCUGCAAAUAUAGGUGUAUGGCAGCUGGCUUUUCAAACUAUGACUAUAAUUUCAGUUAUUACCAACUGUGUCCUGAUUGGCAUGUCACCUCAAGUAAAUGCAGUCUUCCCAGAUUCAAAAUCUGAACUUAUCAUAAUUGUAGUUGUGGCAGAGCAUUUAGCACUAGCAGUGAAGUUUCUUAUGUCAUAUGUCAUUGCUGACAAACCCCAAGAUAUUGAGCUAAAAUUGGCAAAGCUAGAAUUUGAAUCUCUGGAAGCACUCAAACAACAGCAAAUGAAAUUGGCAGCAGAGUCUCUGAAAGAAUCCUAGGAUGAUAAAUAGAACAGCUGAAGAAGAAUAUACAGUAUUAAGAACAAGAAAUGCCUGAUACUCUCAUAUGAUUUUGAACUGUAUGAUCAAUUUUAUCUUCAUCACAAAACCUUGUUGCUGUAAUUUUUUUGCAUAUUACAAUACAGCCCAUAGAAACUGAUUAAAGCUGUUCUUAAAUCUUGUUAGAACCCAUAGACACCAUCUUAAUCUGCAAUUUCUUAAGAUGCUUAUGCUAAUUUAAUAAGCAUAACUAUAAAUCUGAGCUGCAGCUUUGGAAGGUAACAGUGAUAUAUAAGGUCAUAUUCCUGUGGCAUCUUCAUAUUAAGACUAUUUGGUCUCUUUUUGUAGAAAGCUCACUACAUGAUCUGCAUUUAAAAAGAAAUUAAUUUUGUCUUCUGUAAAAUAUAAUACAGAAAUUGCCAGUUUAGGAUCCAUACAAAGCAUGGGUGCUUCAUGAAGAAAUGUGUACUGUAAAAUGUAUGAGACAGUAUAUGCUGUUUUAACUUGAACUAUUAUUACCUAUUAAACUUACUAAUUUCAA